GACCUCCAAGAUCGAGUCCAACCCAGCCCCAACCCCUCAACCAAACCACAGCACCCAGUGCCACAUCCAGGCUUUUUUAAACACAUCCAGGGGUGGUGACUUCACCACCUCCCCAGACAGAAAAUUCCACUAUUUUAUCACCCUUCCUGUAAAAAUCUUUUUCCUAAUUUCCUAAACCCAGCCUGUAUUUCCCUUGGCGCAGCUUGAGGCUGUGUCAUCUCUUGCCUGGAUAAAGAGCCCAACGCCCAGCUGACCCCAGACUCCCUCCAGGGAGUUUAGAGAGCGCCAAGGUCACUCCCGAGUCUCCUUUUCUCCAGGAUAAACAACCCCAGCUCUCUCAGCAUUCCCUGCCCGUCCCUGGCUCCCCAUCCCGGCAGGGCGGCGCGUCCCUCCCGGUGGCACCGUCCCGAAAGCGAAAGCGAAACCGCUCGGGAACCGCGACAGCAGCGGCAGGGAAGGGCCACGGAUCUCCCGCAGGAGAUCCCGGAGCUGUCCCCGGGCCGGUGCCAUGGCACGGCCGCUGCUGCCGCUGCUCUGCGCUACGGCCGCUCUGCUGCUGCUCCGCGCCGCCGCCGACACCGCGCGAUGCAGCCGCCCCAAAGCCGUGGCCAACGCUCGCAUCGAGGCUGGGAAUCGCACGGAGCUCAAUUCCCGCCUGCGCUACUCCUGCAAUCCCGGAUAUAAACGGAAAGCCGGGACCUCCAGCCUCAUCCAGUGCAUCCUCUGGAACGGCUCCGAGCCCCGCUGGACCGACCCCACGCUCCAGUGCAUCCGAGAUCCGGCUCAUUCCUGGGAAACCCCCAGCAUGGAGAGCACGACCCAGAGGGCAGGAAGAACCGAUGCCAGCCCGAAUUCCAGCCCGAAUUCCAGCCCGAAUUCCAGCCCCUCUCCAGCUUCCAGUCAGUCCCCUGUGCUGCCAGAUGGAUCCAGGCCGCCGGAGACGAUUCCAACACCGGACACAUCCACGCUGGGAGAGGGGAGAACCCCGCUGCCCAUCCCGCCCACGGAUCACGCUGCAGUUUCCAUCCUCUCUGUGGGCUCUUCCGUCGGUAAGUUGGGAAAAAAAUCGCUUAUUUGGGAAACGGGGGCUUAUUUAUUCUUUUUUAAAGCUUCAAAUCCCUUUUGGGAGCUGUGGGAGCUUUAUUCCAUGACCAACGGGAAUGGGAGGGGGAGGGAAAGGAUUCAGCACCCAAAUUCCUUCCUGGAAAGAAGAAUUCCCAAUUUUCUCCCUCUGGGGGUGGGGAGGGCACCUUGUGAUGGUGUUUGGCUCCUUCUGGAGUUAUUUUGGUGGAAUUCCUCGGCCGUGGCUUGGGAGAUGUUCCUCACUCCGUGUCUCCAUCCUGCAGGAUUCCUGGUGCUGCUGGCCUCUGGAAUUGUGGCCGCCUGCUGCUGGAGGAGGAAGUGCACCGGGCAGGGCUACGCGGUGACGGAGACGGAUAUUCCCAUGGAAGCUCAUCCCGCCGGGAAUGAGGAGGUGGAGCCUCCCGUCGUCGUCCCCACAGGCUGAGCACCCGGCCCGGGGACACUCGGAGCAUUCCCAUCCCGAGGGAUGCCGGAGGAUGGAAUUCCGGCCGCUUCCCUGAGAGCAGCCAGGGACGCGCGGCUGAACGCGGAUGGUUCCCAUGGAUGAUCCCAAAGGUGGGAGCUGGAGCUGGGAUUUGUGGGAAUUGGCCCUGGGGAUGCUGGUGGUGGGCAGGGAGAGGGUUGGGAUGUUGGGAUGGGGUUUGGGAUGAAGCUGAGCUGCCCUGCCCCAGGAAAUUCCCAUCCCCUGUCCAUGGAUAGACUUGGAUUAGCUGGAUCCCAUCCCUUUCCCAGCUCUGUCCCAAAUCCCAGGAAUUGGAUGGAAAGACCCAGCUGAGCAUUUCCACACAUCCUCAUCCCUUUCCUGUUCUCUUCCAGCCACUGAGCCAAAGGUGUUGGGAACAUCCCACCCUCACACACAGCUCAGGGAUCCUUGGGAAGCACUUCCAGCGCCGAUCCCGGCUCCGGAU